GUUGGUCCCUCUGGGUAAAACAUCUGUUUUUACUGCUACUUCAUCAGAUGAAUCUGUUUUUGGAUUGGGCCCUACCAGCCUAUAUGAUGUGUUUGGAUGAACUCUUCAAUUGUCAAGCUUUUAACAAGACCUGUGCUUGAUCUAGACUAAUUUUUCUGUUGUGCAUCAGAGAAGUUUGAUGGAUUAACUUUAUCCGGGAGUCUGUUUCUGGCUGUGUUGUUGGUUUUUAAGAGCGUGACUAUGUUGCGAAGAAGAAGUGAUUUUUUUGUUUUCUUGGACAGUAGUUUCUCCACAAUAUCAGAAAAGGAAGAGGAAAAGGAAGAGCCGCUGAGCCCUUAUGAAGAAUAUCUGCAGGUGCUGCUGCAGAUGAAGAUGACCAGUGCUGAUCAGUUUGACAACUUGGAGAAACAUACACAGUGGGGGAUCGAAUUUGUUGAGAAGUACACCAAAUUUGUCAAGGAGAGAUCUGAGAUCGAAAUCAACUAUGCAAAACAAAUUAGGAAUUUAUCAAAGAAGUAUCAACCCAAGAAGAACUCAAGAGAAGAGGAAGAGAGCAAGUACACCUUCUGUCGAGCCUUCUUGACGACACUUAAUGAGUUAAAUGACUACGCGGGUCAACACGAGGUUAUAGCCGAGAACCUGACGGCUCAAAUCAUCAGCGAGCUGUCACGCUACCUGCAGGAGCUCAAGUCCGAGAGAAAAUCACACUUCCAUGAUGGGCGUAAGGCACAGCAGCACAUUGAAAGCUCGUGGAAGCAGCUGGAAUCGUGUAAAAGAAGGUUUGAGAGAGACUGUAAAGAGGCGGACAGAGCACAGCAAUACUUUGAGAAGAUGGACGCUGACAUUAAUGUGACUAAAGCAGAUGUGGAAAAGGCACGACAGCAAGCUCAGAUGAGGCACCAGAUGGCUGCUGACAGUAAGGGCGAUUACUCCUCCUACCUGCAAAAGUUCAACCAGGAGCAGAAUGAACAUUACUAUACGAUUAUCCCUAACAUAUUUCAGAAACUUCAAGACAUGGAGGAGAAAAGAAUCGAGAGGUUAGGUGUGUGCAUGAAGACGUUUGCGGAUGUGGACCGCCAGGUGCUGCCCAUCGUGGGGAAAUGUUUAGACGGAAUGACAAAAGCUUCAGAGUCCAUUGAGCCCAAGUCUGACUCAAAGCAGGUGGUUGAAGCCUACAAAUCAGGGUUCGAGCCCCCGGGAGAUGUGGAGUUUGAGGACUACGGCCAGGCCAUGAAGAGGACGGCAUCUGAAAGCAGCCUGUCCAACUCCAGAGAGGUCAAAGAGAAGUCCACCAGCAAGAGCAAGGGCAAACUGUGGCCUUUCAUUAAGAACAAGAACAAGCUUAUGUCCCUGUUAACGUCCCCCCACCAGCCCCCACCUGCCCCCCCAGCCACAUCCCCGCCCUCACCCUCUGCUGUUCCCAACGACCCCCAGUCUCCCAAGCAGCAAAAGGAGCCCCUCUCACACCGCCUCAACGACUUCAUGACCUCCAAACCCAAAAUGCACUGCCUCCGGAGCCUGAGGCGAGGGCUUUCUCUCAAGCUGAUCACACUCAAUUCCCACGUCCGGAAUCUCAUUGAGUGUUGUGUGCAGGGAGAAAGGGGAUCCGGACCAGAGGACUUCAGCCACCUGCCGCCUGAGCAGAGGAGGAAGAAACUGCAGGGCAAGAUAGAUGAACUGAAUAAGGACAUUCAGAAAGAGAUGGACCAGAGGGACGCCCUAACUAAGAUGAAAGACGUGUAUGUGAAGAACCCUCAGAUGGGAGACCCGGCAAGCGUAGACCCCCGGCUAUCAGAAAUAGGACAGAACAUCGAGAAGCUUCAGUUUGAAGUGCAGAAAUUUGAGGGUUGGUUAGCAGAAGUAGAAGAAAGGAUGCCAUCCAAGAGCGAUACACAUAGAAGAAGUGGAGUCUACGAGACGCAGAACAGCACAACAGUGAGCAACAAUUGUGCUCAGGACAGAGAGAGGCCUUUGAGCAGCCCGGAUGGCAGCUACACAGAGGAGCAGAAUUCAGAGACUCAGGUCAAAGCCAACCCCAACCCCACCCCGCCCACCAACCCCACGUCCACCACGCCGGAGUUCGAUGACGAGUUUGACGACGAGGAGACCCUGCCCACCAUCGGCACCUGUAAAGCCUUGUACCCAUUUGAAGGUCACAACGAGGGUACUAUCUCUGUGGUGGAAGGCGAGCUGUUGUACGUUAUCGAAGAAGAUAAAGGCGACGGAUGGACACGAGUGCGCAGAAACGAGGACGAGGAGGGAUACGUCCCAACGUCCUACAUUGAGGUCUUUUUGGAAACAAAUGCCAAAGAUUCCUAAAAGUGUGAGGCUGGCUGAGGAAUGGCAGGGCAAGCAGCCUCGGAGGAAAAAAACCCACCGUGUUCCUCAAAACGCUCACAAAGUCAGAGCGACAAAGUGAAAGAUGACCUGAAUCUAAAAGAGAACGCAUCUCAAUUUUCCAAAAACCGUUAUGUAAAAAAACAAAAAAAAAAAAAAAAAAAACAACACGUAUCAUUAGCGUAACGCUUCCUCUUCGAAACUCUACGGUGUGAACCAUAAGAGAAAUCCAUCUAAAUUGUAGUGCCCAUAACCUUUUCAUUCUUAACACCCAUACAGCUCUCACAAAGACAACAAAAACAAUUCGCUUUUUGUUUUUUGCUUUGCUUUUUUUUUAACGUGACUAACUCCGCUUGCGCCACGCGCCGUCAUGAACGUGGCUGUUGGCUUCCUUUUGCUCUGAGCAGCCCUGUUUCUCCUUACCUUUGCCCCUUUUGCACACACACAUAUGGAAGAGGGUGUGGUCAGAGACAGGACGGAAACCAGCAGGAGCAACAGGGGAGGGCGCCGUCGACAAAUGACCAGCUGGAGGAAGCCAUGUUGCCCUCUCCUCCUCACCCCCCUCUCUCCCCCUUCCCUCCUCCACCUCCAUCCGGCCGCUGUGUUGAUAUGUAUGAGUCAUGAACACAGACUGCACAACACAGACCCAGAAUAAAUCCCAUGAGACUUGACUAAAACAACCAUAUUUGCAGGUCGCAACCCAACUGGAAACGGAGAAGAGUGAAGGUGCUAAAUCUGCGUAUCUGAUACAUGUUUGUUCGUCUUGUUUCCAGUGUGUGUGUGUGUGUGUGUUUUUGUGCGUGUGUUUUUUUCUCCACUCCCACAUAUCCAGGAAGAACUGGAGGGAAAAAAAAGGAGGAUGAUCACUCGCCAUCACUCUUAUCCAACUCUUCCUGUGUUUGUCACUGGUGUCUGAUCCUCUCUCUGACCACACCCCUCUCCCCCCCUUGACCGCUCGUUCCCCCUUCCUCCUUGCCUCUCACUUACCCUCCCCUCCCCUCCCUGACCCCCCCACCCACCCACCUUCAAGCAGCUCAGACUAUCUAUCCCUUUGGCUGCUUUGAGCCCUCUUUUUUGCAACAGCUCGGGGGGCCCGGGGGCCUCUCAGCGUUGUGGUGUGUGCUGCAUGCUUGCCCUGUCUUCCUCCUCGCCUCCCCCCUUACCCAGAGCAGGGCGCGGGGGGGUGUUUUGGUCAGCUUACGCCUCCUCCUCCAGCCUUUCUGUUCAGUUAACUCUCAUUGCCUGGUCAUGACUAUAUGGAUUAACCUGAAUGCCACUGUUUGGGUUCAGUGCCUGUGGUUCUUUAUGUUUUUUUCUGUUGAUGGUUCAGAUGGCAUGAUUCCCUGAUCUCCUCCUCCUCACAGUGUUCCCCGAAAAAGCAAAAAAAAAAAAAAAAACUGUCAAGAAAAGCCGACAUAGGGACCCGAAAUGUUGUUUUACUGAAUGCUAGGUAGGUCACGGAUGUCUUGUGCAUUUGUUAUACUGUAAGUAAACAGUACGGUAUGUAUGUAAACUUGUUACUAUCGUAUGUGUUGAUCAGAGUGUUUUAAUGCAAGUCGAUGUUAGUUUACAGUUCAACACCACUCGGUCCAAGCAAGAAGUUCACCCAGAAAAUCAAACCGACCAUUCAUGUCUGUGGGGACGGGCCACUUCCUGUCUACUGUAUAUGAAAAUAUACUGUGAUCCACAUUUUCCUGUGAGUCUGUGACUGAAACGACACAACCUGUUUGGGCCUUAUUAUUAACUGGGUUUGUUUUUUUUUUUUUUUAUUCUGUUCAACCACUGAGAGAUGAGAGAGUGAUGCUGAUGUGAAAAAGGAUUAAGAUGUGAUUUUCUUACAAGUCGUCGGGGCAAUUUCAGAGUUUUAUAAUCGUGAAACUAGACAUAAAUAAUGUCCACUGAUUCCCCUGCUCUAUGGCACAUACAUGAUUUUAACAAUUUUGUUUUAUAUUUGACAAGUUGAUGAGAUUCUGCUUUGUUUGUUUGUUUGUUUUAUUGUUUGUUUAUUUUUAAAGCUGGAAAUCUAUGUUGUAGCCUACUCUGCCUGAAUGGGACUAAAAAAACACAAAACAAAACCCCCGACUGCAAAUAUGAAUAACAUUUACAUUGUUUUGUGUUGUUGAUGAAGCCAUUGUUAAAUAUUCAUCCGAUGCAAAAUGUUAUAACACUUCUUACAUGAAGGAGUGGUAGAAAUAAUGACCAUCUGGACUCUCGAUGGAAGGAAUGAUCCAAAUCCCUGCUGUGGCAUCGUAAUCAAACUUUAAAGACGAACCCUGAUUGUUUUAAUGCCACCCAUCUCUUGAUAUGUCAAGAUAUCAAACAACAUUUUUUUUUUUUUCUUCUUCAAACCAUCGAUAAGUUGAUAUUGAAGAGGCACAGAUCACCGCUUCGAGGCAGCAGUAGCGUGAUAGUGUCUAGUCUACCUGCCAGAGACCACCACAAACCUUUAAGUCAAUGCCCCAGAAUAACCUGCGUGUACAGACAGUGGAAACGACGCGUUGGAAUUAGAGAGAAUAUAUAUGAAUAUAUAAAUAAAGUUUAAAAAGGAAAACAUCUAUUUUAACUAUUGAGAGUCUUACCAUUACUUUAUCUGCUUUGCAAAGUAAGACUUCUUUUCCUUUUGUGAGGUCUACCAAAUGGUGUGUUUUUGCACUUUUUCGUUUGUGUUCCAUUUGGUAGCCUAUGCUUGUGUUUCAGAGCACUGAAUACUUUGUAUUGUGUUUACUGUGCCAAUUAAAUAUGCCUGGAAACUAAA